AUGUCGUGGGAAUACGAUACCUUGCCGCGAGGCGUUCUCGCGGCGCCGCGUUCAAACCACCAGACCUACAUUCUGAGCAGCGUCAUCCUGGCCAUUUCUAUCUUAUCGGCACUGGGCGCAGGGUGGAUCAUACUCAGUUUCGCCGUAAGUCUGACGCCUCCACCGACCCCCCGAGGAUCUUUAGCAUCAAGCUCCAGAGAUCUGACCUGUUGUGUUAAUCGAUACCAGUUCUUCAAGCAGCUUCGCUCUUUUCGACACCGACUUAUUCUUGGUCUCGCGUUCAGCGACUUUGUCAUGGCAAUUAAUUUCCUGUCUUCGUCCGCUAUGAACCUGAAUGGCAGAGAUAUCGGACUAGGCAAGAACAAAACGUUCUGCAGCUACAACGGCUUCAUGACCCAGGUCUUUGUGAUCCAGACCGACUACUGGGUGCUGGCGAUUGGUAUAUGCACAUAUCUGAUCCUCUCCGACCAUAAGAUAGCCUCGGUGUGGGCCCAGGACCAUGUCCAUAUCAUUGGUUCCUUGCCGUGGAUCUUCUCUGUCCUCUGGGCCAUCAUCGGACUGGCCACGGCAGGUUAUGGCGACAUUGGCGCAUGGUGUUGGUUCACGUCGGAUAGGGUCCGCCUCUUCGCCAACUUUAUUCCUCGAUGGCUGAUUAUUGUGAUUAUGCUCAUCAUGUACGCUCGACUUUAUGUAGUCCUGUUCCGCGCCCAUAGGUUCAUGUCAUCAAGCGAUGAAGGAGGCCGCAGAGCAGGUACUACAAACAACAGACGUAGCGAUAUUGAGGCUAGCGAUCUGGGGCAACAGCAAGCCUUCGACCGAAGAGCUCAAACAUCCUCCACAAAGAGACUUAAGAAGCUGGCGAGGCUCAUGAUUAUGUACCCAAUGGCAUAUAUCUUCAUCUGGACUUUGCCGACGACCAUUCGCAUCUACCAGGCCUGCACUGGAAAAGCUGCGCCCUUUGCGGUGCAGACGGUUGACAAGGUAAAAUUUGACGUCAUGACCCUGUCUUCGGUUCGCCGUAAUUCCUCUGCUAAAACAUAA